AAAGCCCUUUCAUUUUAGAAACAAGGAAUCGCGCGUCCCCUUCUCCAAGGGUCCGUUGCUAUGGAGCCUGUGAGUAUCGAUAACCUGUCCAUUCUGUACCAAAGCACGGACUUCAUUGUGGUCAACAAGCACUGGGACGUCCGCAUCGACAGCAAGAUGUGGUAUGAGAAACUUACCCUGCAGAGCCAGCUGAAAUACCGAUUUCCUGAGCUUGCUGACCCAGAUACCUACUAUGGCUUCCGGUUUUGCCACCAGCUGGAUUUCUCCACCAGUGGGGCUCUUUGCGUGGCGCUCAACAAAGCAGCUGCUGGUAGUGCGUACAAAUGUUUCAAGGAGCGGCUGGUAACCAAGGCCUACUUAGCACUGGUGAGGGGCCACGUUCAGGAGGCGAAGAUCACAAUCCACUACGCAAUUGGGAAGAAUACGACGGAGGGCCUCACCCACAUGAUGUGCAUUGAAGGGACAGAGGGUUGUGAAAACCCCAAACCUUGCCAAUCGGAGCUAAUGGUACUUGAACAUGGGCUCUAUAGCGGCAACCCGGUGACUAAAGUGCUCCUGCAACCACUUACAGGGAGAACCCACCAGCUGCGAGUCCAUUGCAGUGCCAUCGGUCACCCGGUCGUGGGAGACUUUACCUACAGCUUCAAGAAGGACAGCGGGCCUUAUCGGAUGAUGCUUCACGCCUACUACUUGCGCAUCCCGACCGGUAAGGAGCUGAUCGAGGUCAGCGCCCCGGACCCUUUCGUCCCCGCCUUGGACAGCAAUUGGGCCCCUCAGCACGCCACGCACCAGCUGGACCAGCUGAUCCAAGAACUGAAAGAUAAGAGCAUCCGGGCUGCAGAGGAAGAAAGCCACGAGGACAUGCCGGAAAGCUCCGGUCCUGAGAUACCCCAUGAGGCCAAGAGCCCCGAGACGGAGGAGCAGCAGGCAGCGUGUGAGCAGUGGCUGGCUGACUGGGCCUUGGAAUGAGGCGCUGUGGCCUUGCUAGAUUGAAAACAAAACCUGUUCCUUUUUCCCAAUGUGUCUCCUGACAGACCCUUCUCCAAAUGCCCCCGAGAGCCAGUGCCAACACCUGUCUUGUUUUUACUCUCAACACUCCUCAGAGAUGUCCCCGUGAGGGUCGCAAUCCCAGACUGGAAUUCGUUGCUCUAGGCCGGACGGCCUUUUUAAAGCCGUGCCCUCUCGCUGGCACAUUUUAGCCGCUAGGUGUCAAAGUACCGGAGCCUGUCGGUGGGGCUUGAGCCUUGAUAUGGGUGCAGUUGGCGACUGUCUGGCUUGUAAACUCUGUGCCUCUGCCGCCUCAGGACAGCGGCAAGAAAAUGGGGUCACUUGGCCCGCUAAAGCCUCUCUCCUUAUCCAUGGAGGAUUCACUCCCCUUUGCCACCUUUUCUCCUUGUUUGGGAGAUGUGACAUGUUGGACGAACGAUGCCCGAGACGCAUCCUGCAUCCACCCCUCAGUCACCAAAGUGAAAAAAUGAAUGGAACAAAGGAGCUAGGAAGAUCUCUCCUUUUUCACUCUAGGGAUCAUUUUCCCAGCUCUUUUCCUGGCUGACCUUUGCCCUCACUUGCUUUUUGUAAGCACUUUUGUAGGGCCGUUUUAGGGGGUGGAAACCCAGCUUUUAUCAGUCCUGCAAUCUCCCGCAGAUCAUAAUAAUCAUAUUUUAAAAAACAAAAACAUUCUGCAGCAGAUAAUAUUAAUGCCCUAGAAAAAUACCACCUUUCAUUUCAUCUUCCUA